AAUACUUAUAGACCUGACCGUUUGUUGUGAUGUGAUUAACAGAAUGCUCCAGCAGGCGGCGCUGUAACAUUAACUCCGCCUUAAACUCACAACCGAUGAAGAGGAGCUGCAGGUUUUUUUCUCACUUCAGCGUGAAAAUAUUCCUGUCUGGGUUUUAUUAAACAGAUUUGAUCCGUUGUCUGUAUUUGAGGAUGUUUACUACGUUCUCCUUUGAUGCCUGAGAAUUACAACCUUUAAGACCAAACCUUAUGAUGGAAUCAGCAGAGGUCCAACCAUGCUCUUUUAGAAACCCUCCACACACCCCUGCUCCUGCUGGCUCCCAGCUUUGUAGAGAUGUGCAGACAGAAACUUGUACAUCAGGCUCUGGGGGAAACAUCAACCCUGUGGACCAACAGAAACAUGUAAAGAAGGAUGAACCUGAGGAUGAAGGCUAUGUCUGUGAAGCAACGCCAGGCCCUGUGGGACACAUCACACCUGUGGAUGAACAGAAAUAUAUAAAAAAGGAAGAACCUGAAGAUGAAGAAUAUCUCUGUGGAGAAGCAUCAGGCUCUGUGGAAAAUGUAGCCCAGCAGAGAGGAUUUCAGAGCAAGGAUGUAAAAGAGGAAGAGUCUAAAGAUGAAGACUACCUCUGUACAACGACAGUCUUGGAAAAAGAUGAUGCCCAGUUACAAGUCUUCUCCUGCUUCUGGUGUUCACUUUCCUAUACAACUCAAAUUUGCCUCCACAAACACUUCACAAGUUGCCAUUCCGCGGAAUAUGAGAGACUGAUAAAAUCAGGAGAGGUAAUGUAUCAGAAUCUUAUGCCGGCCAGAAGCUCCACUAUUGAACACACAAUCUCUGGUACUCUGCAAAAGCAGAAAGAAAUCCAUCAGUGCUUGCAGUGUGGGAAGAAUUUUACUGACCAGAAAAAUCUCAGAAGACACCAGCACAUUCACACAGGAGAGAAACCACAUCACUGCUCACAGUGUGGGAAGAGUUUUGUUAGACAGAGUGAUCUCCAAAUACACCUGCGAAGUCACACGGGAGAGAAGCCUCAUCAGUGCUCAGAGUGUGGGAAGAGUUUCACCCAACACAGUAGUCUCCAACGACAUCAGCGCAUUCAUAAUGGAGAAAAGCCAUAUCACUGCUCAGAGUGUGGGAAGAGUUUUAAGCAACAGAGUCAUCUCCAGACACAUCAGCGCAUUCAUACAGGAGAGAGGCCGUAUCACUGCUCAGAGUGUGGGAGGAGUUUUAUUCAACAAAGUGAUUUCCAAACACACCAGCGCAUUCACACAGGAGAAAGGCCUUAUCACUGCUCACAGUGUGGGAAGAGUUUUGCCCAACACAGUAGUCUCCAGCGACACCAACGCGUUCACACAGGAGAGAAGCUGUAUCGCUGCUCACAGUGUGGGAAGAGUUUUAUUCAACAAAGUGAUCUCCAGACACACCAGCGCAUCCACACAGGAGAGAAGCCAUAUCACUGCUCACAGUGUGGGAAGAGUUUUGCCCAUCCCAGUAGUCUUCAACGGCACCAACGCAUUCACACAGGAGAAAGGCCGUAUCACUGUUCACAAUGUGGGAAGAGUUUUAAUCGACAGAGUACUUUCAAAGCACACCAGUUCAUUCACACAGGAGAAAAGCCACAUCAGUGUUCAGAGUGUGGAAUCAGUUUUGCCCAUCACAGUAGUCUACAACGACACCAACGUGCUCACACAGGAGAGAAGCCGUAUCACUGUUCAGAUUGUGGGAAGAGUUUUAUUCAACAAAGUGAUCUCCAGACACACCAGGUCAUUCACACAGGAGAGAAGCCCUAUAGCUGCUCACAGUGUGGGAAGAGUUUUACUCGACAGAGUGCUCUGAAAGCACACCAGGUCAUUCACACAGGACAGACAUAUGAUGUUAGGAUCAUGCCAUUUAAUCAUAACACUGUAGACCCCAAAGACCUUAUAAUGGAAUCAGGAGAGUCCAGACUGUGCUCUUUUACAAAACCACCACACAGUUAUUCUCCUACUAGCUCACAGAGCUUGCGGCAGAUGUACAGCAUGGUGCGCUCCUCCCCCUCCACCACCUGGGACAACAUGGCCCCCAAGCCUCUAUCCGACACAUCUGUCUGCCAAACAAAGGGGAGAGAGAAGUCAGGAGGACAGGGGGAGGGUGGGGAGAACAGGGGGAAGAAUAAGAGUAAGAGGGAGGGAGAAGAGGGGGCUCGUAUGCUCCAGAUAUGCCACCAAGUGAUCUUCCACCUGCUGGACCGCCUUGUCUAUCGGGGUAACGAACUGCUCCGGCACCACAAGGUCGACCACAUCCUCGGCGCCACACUCCUCUGGCAGCAGCCACCUUCGACAGGUGUCUCGGAGCUGUUGAGCAAAUGCGAAUGCACAGAACACUCGUUAGCCAAACUCUGCACAGGUGUGUGGUCCUUGCCACUCACUUUUUCUGGCUCUGUCCUCCAUUCACAAACUGACACGUGCCUACGUCUCCGCUUCCACAAAAGGAUUAAUAUCAUAAAAAUCCAGGUCUGUCAUCAGAUCAGUGCACAGCUUUGUGGAGAUGUGCGAACAGAAGCUCAUACAGAUUCAGUUGGAGGGACAUCAGGCUCUGUGGGAGACAUCAGCCCCAUGCACCAACAGAAAUAUAUAAAAAAGGAAGAGCCUGAAGCUGAAAGCUAUGUCUGUGAAGCAACAUCAGCCUCUAUGGAAGACAUCACACCUGUGGAUGAACAGAAAUAUAUAAAACAGGAAGAACCUGAAGAUGAAGACUACCUCAGUGGUGGGACAUCAAGUUCUGUGGAAAACGUAGACCAACAGAGAGAAGAAUUUCAAAGCAUGCAUGUAAAAGAUGAAGACUACCUCUGUACAACGACAGUGUGGGAAAUGAAUGAUGUCCAGUUACAAGUCUUCUCCUGCUCCUGGUGUCCACUUUCCUAUACAUCUCAAAUUUACCUUCACAAACACAUUAGAAGAUGCCACCUUGAGGAAUAUGAGCGACUCAUAAAAUCAGGAGAGAUAAAAUAUGAGAAUCUUAUUACUGCGAGAAGCUUUAAUAUUCCAAGAACCAUUUCUUGUGCUCUCGACAGUACCGCCUCUAAUCAACCAAUGCAGAAAGAAAUGUAUCUGUGCCCACAAUGUGGGACGAAUUUUACUGACCAAACAAGUCUCAGACAACAUCAGUACAUUCACACAGGAGAGAAGCCACAUCGUUGCACAGAGUGCGGGAAAAGUUUUUCUCGACAGUGUUUUCUCAAACAGCACCAGCGCAUUCACACAGGUGAGAAGCCGUAUCAUUGCUCAGAGUGUGGGAAGAGUUAUUCUCGACAGAGUGUUCUCGAACAACACCAGCGCAUUCACACAGGUGAGAAGCCAUAUCAUUGCUCAGAGUGUGGUAAGGCUUUUGCCCAACAUGGUAGCCUCCAACAACAUCAACGCAUUCAUAAUGGAGAAAGGCCUUAUCACUGCUCAGAGUGUGGGAAAUGUUUUGUUCGACAAAGUGCUCUUCAAAUACACCUUCGCAUUCACACAGGAGAGAAGCCGUAUCACUGCUCACAGUGUGGGAAGAAUUUUAUGCGACAGAGUGAUCUCCUAAUACACCAGCGCAUUCACACAGGAGAGAAGCCGCAUCACUGCUCAGAGUGCGGGAAGAAUUAUUCUCGACGGAGUGUUCUCGAACAACACCAGCGCAUUCACACAGGUUUGAAGCCUUAUCACUGCUCGGAGUGUGGCAAGUGUUUUGCCCAACAUGGUACUCUCCAAAGACAUCAGCGCAUUCACAAUGGAGAAAAGCCGUAUCACUGCUCGGAGUGUGGAAAGUGUUUUGCCCAAAACGGUACUCUCCAACGACACCAGCGUGUCCACAAUGGAGAAAACUGCACUGAGAUUUAUACAACACCAAUGAAUUCAAAUAGCGUGGAAACUCUUUGUAGGGAUGUGCAGACAGAAACUUGUACAUCAUGCUGUGUGGGAAACAUCAACCCUGUGGACCAACUGGAACAUGUAAAGAAGGAUGAACCUGAGGAUGAAGGCUAUGUCUGUGAAGCAACGCCAGGCCCCGUGGGACACAUCACACCUGUGGAUGAACAGAAAUAUAUAAAAAAGGAAGAACCUGAAGAUGAACACUAUCUCUGUGGAGAAACAUCAGGCUCUGUGGAAAGUGUAGCCCAGCAGAGAGGAUUUCAGACCAAGGAUGUAAAAGAGGAAGAAUCUAAAGAUGAAGACUACCUCUAUACAACGACAGUCUUGGAAAAAGAUGAUGCCCAGUUACAAGUCUUCUCCUGCUUCUGGUGUUCACUUUCCUAUACAACUCAAAUUUGCCUCCACAAACACUUCACAAGGUGCCACUCUGAGGAAUAUGAGAGACUGAUAAAAUCAGGAGAGGUAAUGUAUCAGAAUCUUAUGCCGGCCAGAAGCUCCACUGUUCAUCACACAAUCUCUGGUACUCUGCAAAAGCAGAAAAAAAUCCAUCAGUGCUUGCAGUGUGGGAAGAAUUUUACUGACCAGAAAAAUCUCAGAAGACACCAGCACAUUCACACAGGAGAGAAACCACAUCACUGCUCACAGUGUGGGAAGAGUUUUGUUAGACAGAGUGAUCUCCAAAUACACCUGCGCAGUCACACAGGAGAGAAGCCUCAUCACUGCUCAGAGUGUGGGAAGAGUUUCGCCCAACACAGUAAUCUCCAACGACAUCAGCGCAUUCAUAAUGGAGAAAAGCCAUAUCACUGCUCAGAGUGUGGAAAGAGUUUUAAGCAACAGAGUCAUCUCCAGACACAUCAGCGCAUUCAUACAGGAGAGAGGCCGUAUCACUGCUCAGAGUGUGGGAGGAGUUUUAUUCAACAAAGUGAUCUCCAAACACACCAGCGCAUUCACACAGGAGAAAGGCCUUAUCACUGCUCACAGUGUGGGAAGAGUUUUAAUCGACAAAGUACUUUCAAAGCACACCAGUUCAUUCACACAGGAGAAAAGCCGCAUCACUGCUUACAGUGCGGAAUGAAUUUUGCCCAUCACAGUAGUCUACAACGACACCAACGUGUUCACACAGGAGAGAAGCCGUAUCACUGUUCAGAUUGUGGGAAGAGUUUUAUUCAACAAAGUGAUCUCCAGACACACCAGGUCAUUCACACAGGAGAGAAGCCGUAUUACUGCUCACAGUGUGGGAAGAGCUUUACUCGACAGAGUACUCUGAAAGCACACCAGGUCAUUCACACAGGACAGACAUAUGAAGUUAGGAUCAUGCCAUUUGAAAUUUGAAUUUAAAUCUAAAAAAUCUGCAUUUGAAUGUCGAUAUUUUGAAUUUGUACCCAAUCCAAAUAGAAAUGGUAUGUUUCUAUGCUUACUUUAACCAAUGUUCUCAAACUGAUAUAGCUAACAUUUCUUAUCUUUUCUACCAAGUUUUAAUUGUUUAAAAAAUUUUAAUGUCAGCAGCUGACAUUAAUAGAUCAUUUCGGUUAGUAUUAUACCAAGUACUAAUGGUAUAGGCUAUUAAUUUAAUGGUAUAAUAAUACAGAGGAAGCAGGACAUGGACAACAGAAGAUGAGCUGCAGUUUUUUUUUUUUGUGUUCCUGUGUAGUUAAUACAUAGUGAAAGAGGAGCUAAAUGGCUAAAUUAUAAUAUUAUUUAAUAAUAUAAUAAAUCACAUGCUUGACGUUCAUGUUGUUUUAAUUUAAAUGUCUGUUUUGUAGUUUUUUUAGUGAUUUAUUUGGUGUCUACAUGUGUUUAUGUUUACCAUUUAAAUGAUUGUGAAUCAUUGUGAUUAAAGGAAGAGGAUCUUAUUUGAAAUUUCUCCAUGUACAGAAAUACAGGUUUAUAAAUGUACUUUUUUAAAUGUACAAAAGCCAGUUUUCUAUUUAUUUAAACUUUAUUUAAAGCUGUUUUGUUGCUGAAUGUUUGUGAUUAAAAAAAACAAUAAAAGUGAU